AGAAUUUAGAAUACUGAACAUUUUAUAUUUUUGUUCACACACUCUUUCUAUAUAUACAUAUGCAUGUAUAUGGCCAUUGACGGGUUUGAACCAGCUGUUUCUCACACACAAGCGCAGAAAUGGUGCAGGCCAUAUGAUCCAAAGCCAGACGUUCCUAAGCAUACCUUAGCUUUCUUGUCGAAAGUUAACGCAACAAUGUUCAAAGUAUUAGAAAUGUUUUAUUACUAAAAGGGUUUGAUUCAACUGUUUGACGUCCGCCGCGCGUUUCUUGUGUCCUUUCUCAAAUAGCUCCCUCCCGGCUGUCCUCCAUUACGGCGCGGGUAGUUUCGAUUUUGAAUUCAUAAUACCGCUGAUGCAACGGUUAUGAGCAGGUUAACGGCUCCACCAUUAUGCACGGGCGACGAUCAAUAAUAAAAAAACGCGACGACGACGAGGUCACGUUGACCCGUCCUCUGAAUAAACGCGUAAGCUUUAGCGUCAGCAAUCAGACACGGGUGUUCUCGGUCGAUUCCGAUGAAUCGAAACAGACCACAUUUGGGGGGGACUGUUCCUCAGUUUCUCUUGGAGAAAUGUCGACCCUGCAUGAUCAACAAUCUUCGCUGCAUGGCACUUGCCUUAUGGAUCAAGAAUCAUUUCAGCAAAGAAACCUCUCUAAAAGACUCCAUAGCAGCAAUUCCACUCUAGACGGACUUCCCGACACCUCUGCACUCAUGGAAAUGUCACUGUCAUCCACUCCUUCUCAAGAUAGAAAUGAUGAAGAUGCUGGUUGGUUGGAUGAUGAAGAGAUCAGCGACACGGAACAUAGCAAAGGCCCGCUCGAUGGUGAAUGUACGGAAGUUGCAGCUAAAGAUGACGAUGAAGAAAGUGUGAUUAUGACAAACGUCAGUGACCAGGAGACCUCGGGUCAAUCCAAUGCUGCUCUUAAAUCUGAAGCGGUCUGUCCGUCGUUAACACCACCAGAAGAACCAACGCGUCGGAAAUCUUCAGAACAGGAAGACAAAACUCACCCUGUAGAGCUUUGCGACGAAAAAACUGGUCCCGUGAGAGAGGAGUUGCGCAAGGUCGCUGAAGGACUUCUUCCAGCGGAAACCAGGCCCGACAUUUACGGCAUUAAGGCUGCUCUGCAAGGUCGCGCUGAACGUAAACGGAACAACGUAAACAUCAACCCUGUCCACGAGUACACCUUCGCAAAUAAUACUAUUACGGGUAUUCGGUUUUCAAAUAUAAUGCCUGAUGAAACUAUGGCCGAAGAGCUUUCUCGGCGCUCGCCUUCGUCUGAGGAGAACAGCAAGUUAUAUUCUAUCAAUAGAAAUCGAGCAGAUGAGUCUCGGAGCGAAUCAGUAUAUCAGUCGUUGCCUCCGCCAAAUCUUUCUUCGUGUAUUGAUCCGUCAGAGACGUUUAUUGAAAAAAAUCCUUCAGCUAACGAAGCAAGCACCGCGGAUCACAGUGAGUCAGCAGACAGCCUCGAGAAUUCUACCUGCUACGAUGAUCUCAGCAAAUUAAAUAAAAGCUCCCACAGGAAUCGGAGCAAUACAGCAUACAAUGCCGGCACUUCAUUGAUGCAAGAAAGUGUUGUAACGGCAUCAAUGUCAAUUAGGAAUGAAUUUAUAUCUUUCAACUGUACAGAUAUUGAGACAAUGAAUUGCACGGAUGUGACCGAAGACAACGAACAUUAUGAAGAAGAUGAACAUGAGACCGCAACCGACGACAUCGAAUAUCAUCAUCAAGAUGAUGCGACUAGACUAAAUGAAUCUCAGGGGUCCUUCGCGGCAUCGACGUCGGCAAUAAUCUCCGGUUGUGAAGAGCUUGAUGAAGCACAAGGUCCAAGUCGUAUGGAAAAUGCUAGCAUAUUACCAAUCUACGAAGCGACUUCUGCCACAGUUAGCGACGAAGAGGUGAGAGCGAAUGAUUGUCAAAAUGUGGAUGAAACGUCAGCUCUUAUUGGAACCGAAAAGCGCGAUGAAACAGCUGGUAAACGUCGGACGUUUAUAUUGCGAACUGCUGAAAAAUGUAAAGAAGAUCCGGAGAUUUCUGGCAGCGACAAAGAUACCAACGAUAGCAGAGGCAGUAAAGACAACAGCGACGACCUCCAGGACCGUACAUGUAAUGACACCUUGAGCCAACCAGGAUUUGAUCGCCAACUGGACGUAAGUGGCGUUCAACCUCUUGAUGAAAUCGAGGCACCGCUGAUAGAAUGUGAUCCGAGCAAUGAGUGGAAUCAUACGGAAACGACUUUUACGAAAGGACGGCUAUCGUAUAGGGAAUGCGAUGAAGCUGGCAAGAGAGACCGACUAUUGAAAAUUGGAGAUCGAUCAGCGUUGAACCAGACUAAGGUUGGCGUGGGAAUCGCUAAUGAAACCUACAGUAUAGCCAGGUCUCCUGAGAAGCCGGCUUCUCGUGACGACGAGGUGAGUCUUCUGCACGAUGAACCCGAAAUCCCGGGAUUCCAUGACUGCACUGAUAUCAUUUUCGGCAGCCAUUUCGGUGAAACUUCGGGUCGCACUUUAUCGGACCGGAGCGGAGUGUCCCCGUUUGGCACGCCGCUGUCACAGCGAACAAACUUAAACAAUUCCAUUAAACCAACUUCACUUGCAACAAAACAAAAUUUCACGGAGGACCAAUUGCUUGCAGAAUUUCCCGAGCUUUUUAAAGGUAUAACAAUGUUGUCUCCAAAAAAGUUACCGCCCGUCACUUCCCCAGUGAAGGUACACGUCAAAUAUGGCAUGGACGCCGCUGCCUUGAAAAGAACGCUUGUGCCUGAGGAAAAUACAGGAUAUCAGGAAAACCUGAGACGACAGCUGGACAAAAUGCGCUCGGAGCAAGACGGUUUCAAGGCGCUUCUCUCACGCGUAAACGAGUUCCUAGUUCGCGCCAAACCAUGGCCCUUAAUCAACAAGGCUCAACUAGAGGAAGUCGCUCCGCAUCAGGAUAUUUAUGUUGAGUGUAACUUCGAAACAAGAUCCGCUUCUGUUAGUUACUCAAAACAUGACCUUGCUCUAGUCAGAAUCGAUUGCCGCGAACUCCCGAGAGGUGAUGUACAAGGCGAAAUUGUCGAUUGCACAGAGACAGAUCCGCACCGCAGCAGUGGGGGUCUUUUUGCGUUGGCCCCUCUCGUGGUUACAUGGACGCGGAGGGCGCUAGUUCGAAAUUGUGAGGGCACGGUAUGGCGUGCGAGUUCGUGGUCGGAUGCUGAAUUGAAGAUACGUUCAGCCAUCGAAGUACUGGAGGCGAAUUGGGCAUCCUUCAAAGGCGUCGAGUUUUGGUUAAAGACGGACACUGCGCUCAUCGCCGGAAAAAAGAGGGUGUCAUUUGGAGGCGUUGUCUGGCGUUGUAGACAAGUAAGGGUAUUUAUAGACGCGGAUUUACAAGUGGAGUUCGAGGUAGGACAGCUUGAGGGCGAUUGUAACCCAAAGGAUUUCGAACUCAAAAUGGACGAACUCCAUGAGGCAUGGAUGUUAGGUGAUGAUAUAUUAAACUUUCGAAAGAGAGUCAACGCAGUCCACACGAGGACAUUGGAACUUGCUGCAGAAAGAACAAUCGAGAAGUUUAAGAAUCAACGUCUUGAGAAGUUCCGCAAGUGACGUCUGUUUGGUGGAGAGAUAGCAGUGCUUGAUUCGCUGCGUACAACUCCGACUAAUUCUACAGAUGGAUUGCGGUAAGAGCGCGAAGUUUUGAUAGCUCGAACCGCCGUAAUGGCGCAAAAUUGGUACCUAUCUGUGUAAAUACGGUAGUUGACAAAUAUGAAAAAGAGCAGUGCAUGAUUAACCAACACAAAGGGGGACCCGCGGAUAAUAACAGAAGCAAGGAAGGUUUUAGCCAAAGGAUAGUACCGAAGGCCACAAAAGGAGGAGCCUAUAGAGAAGGUAUAACACAGAAAGAGAAUUGCUUAGUGAACAGUAGUAGAGUGUUUCGUUGAAACCAAUGAAAAGUGGCUACGGAGGCCAAGCUCACCCAAAAGCCCUCAAUUGUCUCUUAUUAUUCUUUUUCUUUGGUGAUGACAACGACAAGGCGUUCAUUCGGCAUAACUAAGUUGGCAGAUCUCAAACACGACAAACGAUGUCCGUCUGAAAGCUAAACGGCUUCUAUGAGUGACGCGGCAGUAGCCUCACUUGUUAGGCCGAACGAAUCCCAUGAUGGUGACAAUGCUAAAAAGUAAAACUACUAUGACCGCUAAAAAAUAGGGAUGCCUUUUAUAGUCUUCGUUUCCAUCCUCCUCCUGCUAAAGGUUCCGGAAUUCUUGAUCGGUUGAAAUCGGUGGAUGACUAUUAAAUAGACUAAAUGUGUAUUCACGUUGCUAUGUAAGAUUAUAUUAUUGAACGCAUUUAUAGGUGGGUCUCGCCGUAAUCGUCAUUAUAUCUUUUCGGUUAUGAUGUAUGGCCAAAGGUGAACAUAAUUCGAUUUUUCUAAAAGUGGUCUGCAAUAUAUGUUGUAUAAUACAUCUACUAAACUCGCAAAAAACAAUUUCCCUACGGCAGCCACAUCUUGUGCACAAUAGACGGCUUGAAAGGAUUUCAGCCCUCACAAGUAACCUUUAUUUUCUUAGUGCUUUAUUCAAUUCAUUCAAAGCAAGAAUAUGCGCUUACAGAACUUCAUGUAAGUUGCCUUAGAAACAAAUCGCUCCUGCGUACAUUAGGGUCUUCUUAUUUGAAAUAAGCAAAUAUACCUCAAUCAAAUUUACAGCCCUUUAAUGAUUCAUGCAUAAUGACGUCGACUAGGACUCACUGAAUUAGAGGGCCAAAAUUUUCUAUAUUUGUUCUCCCUUUUGCAGUAGCUACUUAGUAAAAGCGCAUUUGCAACUUCUACCAUACUGCCGCGUCCGCUGUUGUAGAAUUAUAACAUUUGUAAAGGUUUUUAUAAACGGACCAAAGCUGGCAUUCGGGCAUCAAGUCAGCGUUGCCGGACACGCAGCCAUGGCAUAACACACAAUUGUUUGUAGUUUUAACGUCGUUGUAUCACUAUAGCGGUAAGCAUCGGUAGUAUCCAUUUCUAACCCUCUUAACAGCUGCUGGCCUAAAGGUUUAUUUAGCACCUAUUAAAUAUAGUUUGAGAAUCAAGCAGUCGCUGUACUCACACAGUACAAUCAGUACUUAUACGCUGUGUUUCACGUCAUGUUUUAUAUAAUUCCAUGACAACUGUGAAGUAUGUAAAAGAUACAUGUGCCUAAAUGCUUCUAUAUAAAUAAGAUCAUAAAUAAAAAACAGUUAAAAAAAUCCAUAAUUAGGCAUAAAAUCAAGAGCUAUACUGACACGUGAGCAAAAUAGGCCAGCGCAUUUGUUGAAGUUGUUUGAGUGUUCGCAGCAGAUUGAUCGCCUCUUUACACUAUGUUAGACAAGGUGCGUUUACAACACGUUAUCGAAGCAGCAGUAUCCGUAAUUGGUAGUCUGCAUUUCACUGCAACUGCAUAGAAUGCAAUUCAUAGUCGCAGUUUUUGUGGUGAUAGAACUAAUACUACAGGAAGUAUCAUAAAAGGGUUCGGUCUCUCCUCUCUCCCCUCAGUUGAACCCCUCUUCGUUUCACCUUUCAUUCGAAUCUCUAUGACAUCUGCCGAAUGACAGCUUCAGCUGGACUGGGCCUCACCAUCAUCAAUCAUUGAUCUUCUCGAGACAACAAUAACAACAACCACAGAGAGCUAAUCGUUCAUCACAAAAAUGGCCGUUCGUGUAACCAAAGUCUGCCUUUGCUGCAGCCUAAGGGCCUCCUGUGUGAUGAUAGCCAUUUCGUGCAUUACGCUGUACCUCUGGCAAAUUGUCCAGUAUGGUGAUAUUAUGGAAAUCAGUAACGUCAAAGGAACGUACUCGAAAACAGGCAUCUCGUAUACGGGCGCCGUUUUCGGUAUGAUAGUUGAUUGUGCCUUCAUUAUCGUCAACGUCAUCUUCCUCAUCGGCAUUAUUCUGUACCGGCGUCAGUUAUUUAUUCCCUGGAUUGGUGUAGCCGUCGUAAUGGUAAUCAAAGAAAUUAUUUAUGUCAUGUUCUACCUAUACGCUUGGAUCGACGGCUCGAAAUACGGACAUCUGGGAAGUGGCAUCCUUCUUUCAGCGGGCAACGUAAUCGUUCUGAUCAUUUAUAUCGUUAUUGUGCGAAGCUAUUACGAGGUUCUCAAAGAAGAAGAUCGGAUCGGUGGAGUUAUCGUAUAAUCUCAUCCCAGUGCUGCCAUCUGGUGCCGUCUUUACAAGUUAAACAUACUAAUGUAUGUUAAUGUGUAAUGUAAAGAAACCAGCCAACUCGUAAUAUAAUUUACAAUAAUUAUAGAUACUGAUUAAUAAUAUAAUAAUUAUAAUUUCACCGCGGCGUGCCGUGACGCAUCGUGGAAGGCCUGUGUCGUGUCAGCAACCGCCGGUGAUUGGCAUAAGAACAAGUUUUAUUGACGAUCUUUGGUUCAGCAAAUUGAUAUACGUGGCCGUAUGCAGAAUAUGAUCAUGUCCGCAUGACUCCCCAUCCCAUACUUUCAUCAUUUUCCUUAAUACCGAUCUACUCAGUACUCUAAAUUCUACAAGUUUUUGUGGUUAAACAACUUGUGCAAAACUAGUGUUAACGGUGAGGCUAUCCUGUAGCAACGCUCAAGACCUUUUGCUUUAGUACUUACUGCUCUGUUCACCCGUUCAGCCUAACGGCUAACACGUUCGCUCAUUUAAUGUGUAUGUUAUCAUCGUAAUCAAAUUUUAUAAAACAUAAAAUGCCCGCUAAUGAUUAAACCUCAAUAAAUAUAACGAAUUCAGAGCAAAACAGGCAUGGUAUCAGUACGUAUUGAACUAAAAGAUUCAUUAGGUAAAGCUUUAUUUUAAGGCUUAGCUAUUAAUCAAAUGUAAACCUGAUCUUGCAUAACAUUUUAGGUUAUUUUUUUUUUUCUUAAUUUUGUUGCCUAUAAUUUAAACAUGUUCCUAUUACCUGUCUAUGGAUUUACUUUUGGUAGUAGUGAUACAUUAGAGAGAUGGCAUCGCAGGCCCAUUUAGUUUUGAGAUUCAUAUUAUCACAAGGCUAUAUAUUCAUAUUAUACAUAAAAUGUACAAUAUGAAUGUCUAGCAUGGAAAAAUGCUUGCAUUUUAUACAGUUCAUCUCAGAAGACUAACAUCGAUAAGCUGGUCACCUCUAGCGUCUGAAUACUACUUUAAGCUAUGCGUAAUCAAUCAUUUUAGUCCCGCGUGUAAGUAUAUUUGUGCCCAGUCAAAGCUGAAAUAUUCGCGCAAGUUCACCAUUGUGUUUUAGCCGAUUCAAAUUAGAAGAAUUUGGAAGAUUUACUACAGACGUAGUAGUAGUAGUAGUAGUAGUAGUAGUAGUAGUAGUAGUAACAACAGCUGACAACUUUGUUAUUUUCUGAUUCAUCGGUUGAAAUAUAAUGCUCAAUACUAAGUGAUCUCUAAUACUUUUUGGUUUAUUUUUUUUUUAUAAACUGAGAAACCCUGGAAAUGGUUAAACAUAUUUCAAAGCAACGGUUGGAUUUAAGCUAGAGGGAGUAAGCAAUACAAUAUAAUAACUGAAUUUGUUAAUAAUCUGGCUAAUUUUGAAUUGAAUAUAUUAAUAAAUUGAUAAACGUUUCGCUAGCCGAUAGCUUAAGGUACCAUCGUAAUAUCUUAUAAUAACUACGACGAAUUACCUUGACUUUCAGAUAGAGUAACAUGUUUCUCAACACCGAAAGAGCACAAUUCAAUUACAGUUAUCUUAUUCAUCCUUUUUGUCUCUUGUUGAUGACUCGCCUCAGAUUGCUUUCGAGAUUUUGUCCUAUCCGAGCUUCAUUAAACAGAGGAAAAAAAUAUUUGCGAAAAUACACCUUCGUUAACGUAGUUUAACUUAAUUUCAAUAUAAACAUAAUAAACAAGAAACAAUAUAAACUGAAUGGAACUUGAACAGAAAAUCCAAUUCUCACAUAUGCAAAAAAAUCUUGAUUUUCAUAUAAUAACGAUUUUUUUAAAUUACAACCUUUUUUUUUCUUACAAACUAAGCAUAGCUAACGAACAUUACGCAUGUGCUCGGAAUAACAAUUGCAUGAUGAUUAUUAUCACUGGGACUAUAUAAAAUAUAUAAAGAUGGUACAGUAUGUAUUUCUUGCUAAGACGAUAUGAGACGCUAUUACUAUUAGUAAAAUGAAAACUAUAAUGAACUAUGAAAACUAAAAAAAAAUACAUUUUUCAAUAUAUCGGCACAUAUCUAUUGUUGAACAUUAUAUAAAUCCAUACAUUUUACCCUCUUCUAGUGUUUAGAGACGAGAUGACUUGAGCAUUUGAGGAUAAUAUCAUCAGAUACAUUUAUUGUAACGUUAUCAUGAUACAUUAGAUUACUAGACGAUUGCUAACUUAAUGGCGUCGAUUAACAUUCAUAUAUGUUCCUGCUGUAAGACAGGAUAAACUUCUAACUUGUCAACAAUAGACAAACCCAAAUUAAAGAGACUCACAAAUACUAACCGCCGUUAGUAUUUGAUUUAGCAACGAGUUACGGUGAUCGCAGGCGAACUUCUAGAUCGAAUUUGUCGUUAGUUGUCAUCAUUGGCAAGAGUACAUACAUGUGACGUCUUCAGAUAUCCUAGGGCGCACUUAAGAAUUAGUAUAGUCGUGUUAAUUUAGUUCCUAACUUACAAGCAUACCCAACUCAAGUCGAAAAACAUUCUGGUACUCAAAAUAUUCUGUCUUGUUCCUCUUUACACCUAGCUUAAUGUAUAUCUAACCAUCAUUUUUGUAUUGAUUCCUGCAAUUGUUUUUCUGACAGAUUGCCCCGUUAUGAUGGGGUUACAGAUGACUGUAAAUUGACGCAUGCGACAGGACUUCAACAUUGACUAAUAGUACAAUAACAUUUCAGCAAACAUACGGUUUGUUAAUAUUUAACAGAAAUAUUUAGCUAGAAAAAUCUUGAAUAAAUUCGGCUAUUAGUAUUAACAAUCUAAUAGAGAAUCAAAAGUAGUUCGAUUGUUGCGUUUCAAGAACCCUAUUACAACAGUUGUAGAUGUAGUCUGUUUUCCUUUUAGAUCCGGCCAAAAAACCAACAGGAGCUCAGUCUAACAUGACAUUGUCUAUAUACUGAUUGAUUAAUAGAGGAGUUAUGGGUAUCACAUUUUUGUGCUGGUUUCCUCUUGACAAGUAUGUAUACAAGAAAUAUUUUCAAACGCAUAACAAUGCCGAUUGACCACUCCAGUGAAGCAGCAAAAAAGUGAAGCCGAUUACGUGAGUAUGGAGCAAUAUAGUCCGAUUAAAGGACCACGUCUGAAUUACACCGUAGUUAAUAGGACCUGUGUCAAAACGCAACGAGAACUGAGUAACAUCAAUUAUAUUUCAAGUGUGAAUUUACUAUAGAGUAUCCCUUUGUGCUAGUAUGACAUACACGAGGAGUCCACGUUGUACACACGUGUAGAAUUCUCGGAAAUAGAUAGGCUUAACUUAAAUAGGUAAUGAAACAAAGCGGUCAAUAAAGGCUAAAAAAAGCUAGCAUGAGCUUUCAAUUUUAGUUUUCAAAACAUACUACUAUUCAAUAUUACGCAUCACUCUUAUUGGAAUCAUACGACGUAUUUAUAUUUAUUCAAAGUUCGGCAAAAUCUCUUAGUAUU